AGUGUAAAUUGAGUUGCCGAAGAUGCUAGCUUGUAGAAGGAAGCAUCAAUCUACGAGAUAAACUGGUGUUGAGGACUGGGAGGAAGAGAAUCUAUGUCUCAAAAGCCUCGGCGUUGUCUGUCUAAUAAGAUUUAUGGUUGAAAUAUCACAGGCUGCAAGGCUUACCAGUAGAUGAGUGAUAAGGGUUUGCCAUGGAACUUCAGCUUUGCAGUUAGAAGUAAAAGUCAUCUUUCUUGACAUCAACAGAUUAGUAGAAGGAAUAAAUGGACAUGGCCCAGGGACCCCCUCUCCCACACAGAUCUGACAGUUUACCAGAGUACCAAAGCACCCCUCCCAUCCCCCCUAAACCCCAGCUUACAGAGUCCCAGGCUGAGAGAAAGGCCGGAAGCUUGAAGAAGAUGGCCACUGUUGAUCAGCUGAAUCUUGAGAUGUCUGUUAACCAGGAAUUCGAGUCCAAAAAUCAUUACAGGAACUGCUUCAAGACAUUUCAUGACUAUUACUUAAAGGGUCAGUUGUGUGACAUAGAGAUUAAGGUUGGGGAGAAAACCUUUGCCUGUCAUCGAGUCAUACUUUCCUCUGUCAGUAAUUAUUUUCGCACCAUGUUCAUGUCGGAAAUGACAGAGAGCAGAGAGAGAGAGGUCACCAUUCAUGACAUUGACGAGAGUGCCAUGGAGAUGUUAGUGCAAUAUGCCUAUACAGCAAAAAUUCAGCUCACCACUGAAAAUGUCCAGCCCAUUCUGUAUGCAGCCUCCAUUUUGCAGAUAGAAGUUGUUGCUAAAGCUUGUUGUGAAUUCAUGAAGAAACACCUUCAUCCUACUAACUGUAUUGGAGUUCACAAUUUUGCCCACCAGCAUAAUAGAAUAGAGUUAAUCAAAAUGGCAGAUGAUUAUAUUUUGGAGAACUUCUUGGAGGUGGUUGAUACGGAGGAAUUUAAAACUCUGCCCUUUGACCUCAUGGAAAAAUUGGUAUCCUCCCCAGAUCUUAACGUGGAGAAUGAGAAUCAAGUAUACGAGGGGGUAAUGAAGUGGAUCAAAAUGGACAUUGAGAAUCGGAAGUGUUAUUUGGGGAAGCUGAUAGCCAAAAUAAAGCUGCCACUACUGAGCCCGGAUUACUUACUGCAGACUGUGGCUACAGAGGAGCUGAUCAGGAGAGACCUGGAAUGUCGAGACUAUGUAGACGAGGCUAAGGCGUAUCAAAUGUCUCUGGCCAGUCUGGUCUCCAAUGUUAGAAUAUCCCAGAACACCAGGCCCAGGAAAAACUACGCAGGUGUGCUGUUCUGUGUUGGGGGAAGGGGGGCCUCUGGGGACCCAUUCAAGAGUAUAGAAGUGUAUGAUCCCCGCAGAAAUAGGUGGUUCCAGGUCAGUGAAAUGAACACCAGGAGGCGCCAUGUGGGAGUGUGCUGUUCUGGAGGUUUGUUGUAUGCUAUUGGGGGACAUGAUGGUACCAAACACUUGAAGAGUGGUGAGGUGUUUGAUCCUGCCUUAAACAGCUGGAAGACCUCAGUAAAACCUAUGUCUACCCCAAGGAGGGGGAUAGCCCUGGCUUGUCUAGGGUCAGCUAUAUAUGCUGUGGGGGGACUGGACGAUUCCACCUGUUACAGUCUGGUGGAGAGGUAUGACCCGUCUGUUGACCAGUGGACAAUGGUAGCCAGUAUGAAUAUUCCUCGAGGUGGAGUGGGGGUUACUGCAUUGAAAGAUAAUAUUUAUGCUGUCGGUGGGAAUGAUGGCAUUUCUUCCUUAGACAAGUGUGAGAAGUAUGAUCCACUCCUUAACAAGUGGACUUUUAUUGCACCCAUGAAUCGUCACAGAGCAGGGGCAGGGGUAGCAGAGUUAGAUGGUUACCUGUAUGUAGUAGGAGGAUUUGACGACAGUUCCCCACUGGACUCCUGUGAGAGGUAUGACCCCCACACUAAUACCUGGACCUUUGUUACCAGUAUGUCUUGUUGUCGGGGAGGAGUGGGAGUUGCCUCCCUUGGGGGUCAGAUGUAUGCAGUAGGGGGUCAUGAUGGCUCUAAUUAUUUGAGCUCUGUUGAGUCCUAUGACCCCAUUGAGGACAAGUGGUGUUUUGUCAGUAGUAUUGGGAAUUGCCGCGCCGGGGCAGGAAUAUCUUACGCCUCCUAUACUUCUGCCAUGCUUUUCUCCGCUGGCAUAUGUGCAGAUGGGAAACUGCCAACGAUAUAAGUCAGUGUAGAGCAGGGGCGGGACUAGCCUACUGUUACUGUCCCCCAGCUAAACUCCAGCCAACUCAACAACCCUACGUCUGUCAACUACAGUGUUAUUGAUAGGAUCAAUGACCAGCAACAUUAGCCCUCACAUAAGUACAGCAACCCAACCUCUGUAAAUUACAGUGUUAGUGAUAGAAUCAAUAACCAGGAAAAUAAUACAGCCCUUACAGAAUUACAGCAACCCAAACUCUGUAGACUACAGUGUUACUGAGAAUCAACGACCAGCAACAUCAGCCCUCACAGAGUUACAGCAACCCAAACUCUGUCGACUACAGUGUUACUGAGAAUCAACGACCAGCAACAUCAGCCCUCACAGAAUUACAGCAACCCAAACUCUGUCGACUACAGUGUUACUGAGAAUCAACGACCAGCAAUAUCAGCCCUCACAGAAUUACAGCAACUCAAUCUCUGUCAACAACAGUGUAACUGACAGAAUCAAUGACAAGCAACAUCAGCCCUCACAGAAUUACAGCAACCCAAACUCUGUCGACUACAGUGUUACUGAGAAUCAACGACCAGCAACAUCAGCCCUCACAGAAUUACAGCAACCCAAACUCUGUCAACCAGUAUUAAUGACAGAAUCAAUGACCAGCAACAUAAUAUACCAGCCCUUAGUAGUACAGCAACCCAUCAUCUGUCAACAGCAGUGUUACUGAGAAUCAACAACCAGCAAAAUAAUACAGCUUUUACAGAAUUACAGCAACCCAUCAUCUGUAAAUUACAGUGUUAUUGACAGAAUCCACAUUCAGUAACAUGAUGCAACAGACUUCUCAGAAUUACAGCACCCCACUGUCUACUAAGUAGAGAUAAUGACAGGAUCAGCAAUUAGCAACAAAAUACAGCAACCCUUGCAGAAUUACAGCAACCCACCUCAUCAACUACACUGUUUCUGACUUGAACAGCCACCCACAACAAAACACAACUGCUAUUUCACAAUCCUUAGUCUCUCAAAUUCUGGUACAAUAUACUUUUAACAGUUUCUGAUAGAAUCAAAAAGGUAGAACUGCAAUUGUGUUUGGAUUCUUAGAAAACACUGUCAAAAAUGAAUUCAGUAAUACUAAUAAUUCACAUAGUAUAGGUAACAUAUUGCCAUUGUACACUUGAUACUGGCUAGUCGGUUUCACUGCGAAUUCAACCUUUCUUUUCAUUCCCAUUUACCAUUUUUUGUAUGAUCUUUACUCUAUGUAAUCCAACACCUGUCUAUUUUGACACAAAAUUUUUCUCUGGGCAUGUUGUUUUAGACAGGUUUUACUGUCUCUGUCAAGAUCAACAGAUAUUGGAUUAAGUUACCCUAGGAAACUAAAAAAAAUAUAAUGAUUUUACAUCUUCAAAGAGAAGCUGGAUGAGAGAUUUUUUUGCCGUGGUUUAUUUAUUUUUAUUAGAAUCAGAGAAGUUUUAAUAUUGGAACUUUGUGCAAAGCUGUUUUACUUAAUGCUUUUGUAGAGUAUUUUUCAUUCCACAUUCAGCAAGGAAUUUGUUUAGUAGUUUGUAUAUAUGCAUGUAUAUAUGUUUUUUCCCUUUUUAAAAAAAAUUUAAAACCCAUCCUUUAAUAUUGUGCAAUAUGUUUUCCUAUUGUAUACAUUAUUUUUUUAGAAGAAUUGUGCUAUUUUUGCCAUAUGUACAGUUUGUAUACAAGUGUACAUUUAUUUAAUUAUUUUGAUAGAGUGCUACCUAUGCCCAUAUUGCCAUGGUUACAUUCAAUGUUUAUGUCCAGUAAACUCUACUAAAAAGGAUAAAAUGUUCUGUGACAAGAAGUCCAGGGUCUCUCAAUGGUAGUUUAUGCAUGAAGACUUGAUUUCUUUACAUUUUUGUUUUCAAUAAUAAUAAAGAUGGUUAGUGAGCCAUUCAAAUCUGAGCUACACAUAUUGUAUUUAUUUAUUUAUAUCUGAGUUAUAUAAUUCCCUACCAUCAGUGUUCAUGCAGGUUAUACAGUACAUGUAUUUAUACACAAUCUUGGUCUAAAAAGUUUCAUGUUUACAUCUGUUUCUGAGAUAUAUUUAUGGAAUAUCUAAAUUUACAUGUAAGUGCUCAUUUUGUCAAACUUGUAGUUUGCUACAGUUUAUAUGUAAGAAUGUUUUAGUUCUUUACAUGUUGUUACUUUUAGUUGAAUUUCAAUAAAAGGUUUAUUGAUA